AUGGUCACCCACAAAGUCCUCGUCCUCCCCGGCGACGGAAUCGGCCCUGAAAUCACCGCCGAAGCCGUCAAAGUCCUCUCCGUCUUCUCCUCGCAAACACGCACCUUCGCCCUCCGCACCGAACUAAUAGGCGGAUGCAGCAUCGAUGCCCACGGCACCCCUCUCACUGAUUCUGUGAAGCAAGCCGCGUUAGACGCCGAUGCCGUCUUAUUCGCCGCCGUCGGCGGGCCAAAAUGGGAUGGUGUCCGCCGGGGCCUGGAGGGGCCGGAGGGCGGGCUCUUGCAAUUGCGAAAAGCGAUGAGUGUGUAUGGUAACUUGCGGCCGUGCAUAUCGCCGUGCAAGGCGGUGACGAGGGAGUUUACUCCGUUUAAGGAAGAGGUGGUUGAGGGCGUGGAGUUUCUGGUGCUGAGGGAGAAUUGUGGUGGGGCCUAUUUUGGGCGGAAAGUGGAGGAGCAGGAUUAUGCAAUGGAUGAAUGGGGAUACAGCGCCGAGGAAGUCAGGCGCAUCGCCCGCCUAGCCGCCUACCUCGCCCUACACCACAAAAGCCCAACCUUCUCCCCGAACCCGCUCCCCAUUAUCUCCCUCGACAAAGCCAACGUCCUCGCCUCCUCCCGUCUCUGGCGCCGCGUCGUCACGGAAACCAUCUCCACCGAAUUCCCCCAGCUGAAACUCACCCACCAGCUCGCCGACAGCGCCUCGCUGCUCAUGGCGACGAAGCCGCGUGUGCUGAAUGGAGUUCUCCUAGCUGAUAACACAUUUGGUGACAUGCUGUCGGACCAGGCGGGGUCUCUUGUGGGUAGCUUGGGUGUGCUGCCAAGUGCAAGCUUGAGUGGGGUGCCCGGUGAGGAUGGGAAAGGGGGCCUGAAGGGGUUGUAUGAGCCGACGCAUGGCUCGGCACCCGACAUCGCCGGCCAAUGCAAAGCAAACCCCAUCGCCAUGAUCCUGUGUGUGGCGAUGAUGUUCCGCUACUCAUUCCAUAUGGAGGCCGAGGCUCAAUUAAUUGAGCAGGCUGUUUCGGCUGUGUUGGAGUCUGGGAUCCGCACGCCCGAUUUGCGGGGGAAGGCAAAGACGGCAGAGGUCGGGGAUGCGAUUGUGGAAUUUAUUAAGAAAACCGGGGGAUUGUAG